AUGGGAACGUCAUGUUUCAUCAACGAUCCACGGCCAUCACCACCUGAUACUGUUUAUUUUGAAGUGAAAGAAAAUUCACCACCACAAACAUAUGUUGGUCGUAUACCAACGAAAAAUGGUUUCCAUUAUCAUAUUAAUGAUGAUCAACCUGUUGAAUUUCAUCUUGAUCCAGAGACCGGUGUUAUUGUCACAACCGAUGUACCAGUGGAUCGUGAAUCUAUUUCUUUGUAUAAUUUCGUUAUUCUUUCAUCAUCACCAACAUAUCCAAUACAAGUGAAAAUUCGUGUAUUAGAUGUAAAUGAUAAUGAACCAAUAUGGCCUGAUUAUAUCAAUACCAACUUAUCAUUCAGUGAAUCAUCGCCAAUCGGCACACGUGUUAUCCUGGAUAAUCCAAUUGAUCCAGAUGAAGGUGAUUUACAAUUUACUCUCAAUCUUAUCAAUGAUAAUAAUGACGAUGUUUCUGCAAAACUUGAUCGUGAAAUUCGUAACAGUUAUUUAUUGAAUAUUACAGCCUAUGAUGGUGGUGGUAGUGAUAGUGUUGAUGCGGAUGGUAAUAGUGAUCAACGACAACAACAUUAUAGUUGGACUAUUUUUACCGUGAAAAUUCUUGAUUCCAAUGAUAAUCCACCAAUUUUUGAUCAUAGUGAUUAUAUUGUAUCAUUAAAUGAUAGUAUCGGUAAAGAUGUAUCCAUUCUACAGGUACAUGCUACCGAUGCUGAUCAAGAACAAAGUGAUAAUAGUCGAGUCAGUUAUUAUCUACAUUCACUGGUUCUAAAUGAUUUUCAAAUUGAUGAAAAAACGGGUAUUAUUUCCACUGUACAUGAUGGACCUAUUCAUUGUGGACGUAAUCGUCAUCAAAUGACAACAUCAAAAUUAUCUAAUGAUGCGGACAAUGAUGAUGAUGACGAUGUUGAUGGCCGUAUCUGUGUAUUCACGGUAUUCGCUCAUGAUCAUGGCCAACCAAGACAAGAUGGUCGUACAUAUGUUACGGCCCGUAUCGCUCCAACUAAUAAUCAUGCACCAAUUAUUAAAUUUCGUUAUUUUUCCAAAUCUGAUUAUGCUCAUGUCGAUGAAAAUGCUCCAAAUGGUAGUGUUGUUGCUGCCGUAUCGGUAAUUGAUUUUGAUUAUGGCCCGAAUGGUCGUACAUGGCUUACAAUAGUCGAUGGUAAUCAACGUGGUGAUUUUCGUCUCGAAUCAUUGGGUAAUUCACAUAUAAUCAAAGUGAAUAGCUCCUUAGAUCGUGAACGCAUUGCUCGAUAUAAUCUAACAAUUAUGGCUCAUGAUAAUGGACAACCAUCCAAAUAUUCGACAGAUAAUUUAGUCAUCAUUGUUCAGGAUCAUAAUGAUCAUGGUCCUAAAUUUGAUAAAGAUUUGUAUGAAGCAACAAUCGUCGAAAGUCGUUAUCAAAUUGGUAUGUUUGUCAUUGCAUUACAUGCAACCGAUCAAGAUGAUGGUAUCAAUGCACAGAUUUCAUAUUCAAUUUCUGGUCCUGAUUCUCAUUAUUUUCGUUGUGAUCCAAUAACCGGUUUGAUUACAACCGACAAAAUAAUCGAUCGUGAACAUAUCGAUUCAUUCGAAUUAAGAGUUGCUGCACGUGAUGGUGCUAGUAAUCCAAAAUGGGCACAUGCCAUACUCCGUGUUAAAGUUCUCGAUAUAAAUGAUUGUCGUCCAGAAAUUCGUUUACCGCUUGGUUAUUAUUUUAAUGAAGAUCUUAAUCAAUAUGAAAUUGAUUUAAAUGAAAAUACCCUGCUAAAUCUGGAUCUAAUCAUCAAUGAUGCAGAUCUUGGUCCAAAUGGAACAGUAGAUGUGCAGUUACUUUAUGAUUAUAAUGACCGAUUUCGAAUUGAAUCAUCACAAAGACUAAUAUCGACUAUCAAAUUUGACUACGAACAAUGUAAUCACGGUAAUCAUUUCCGGCUAGUGUUAUUAGCUAAAGAUCGUGGACCAGUGGAACCACUUUGGUCAUUAAUGACAAUCAUCGUUAAAAUUCGAAAUAUUGAUGAUGAAUCACCACGAUUAUAUCCGAAGAAAUAUUAUUCAUUCAUACCAUUACAUGCGAUCAGUGCCUUGAAUUAUUCAGUCAUCAUCAAUAAACUGCAGAUACUUAAUAAUGAUUUUCAAAUUCCCGUCAAUUACCGAAUAAUUCACGAUAAUAAUGACGAGGAUGGUAAUCUUGUUCGGCAAUUUUUUCAUGUUAAUAAUAAUGGAGAAAUGCGUUUCAAAAACGCUAAUACAAAUAUUCGUUUAUUACGAAAUCGACAACAUUUCUUUUUCAACAUUGAAUGUUUAGGUUGUGCACGUGAUUAUAAUCAAGUUCAAAUGCAUGUGUUUCUCAUUAACGAUAUGGUUGGACAACUUGACGAUGUCGAUAUCGAUCGUUAUCAGCUUUACAUAAUUAAAGGUGAUCCUGAUGAACAUUUUCGAUUGGAAUCCAAUCUAUUAAAAACAAAUCAUAUUCUUGAUCGUGAACAAAAUCCUCAUUACAAACUUCAAACAAUUGCCAUUUGUUUGGAUCAUUUUUUCUAUAUUGAUAUUGAAAUCCACAUGAAAAUGUCCCCAUUAUGUAUACUGUACGACAUUUGA